UUUGUUGACAUAGAAGUGCAUGCAAAAUGCAAAGAGCAUCUGUCAAACAGCAAAACUUUGUAGACAUAAAAGUACAUGCAGAAUGCAAAAAGCAUCUGUCAAACAGUGAUACAUUCUCUAUUUUAAGGUUCAUCACAUCAUCGGGGGACGCAGCCCCCCUAUGAUGAUUAUUUCAAAGUUGCUCUAUGUUAACUUAACAAGGGUAGAGAAUGGAUGGAAUGAGACACUUUUAGCUUUAUCGUGUCUCAUGCCCACUGGCACUGUCUGGCUCUGACAGUCUUCCACGAUUUUCCUGCACCGCCUUCAGGGCGCGAGGGCUCGGCAGCGCUGGCCGUUGGCAACGCUGCGGCCGCACCAGAGCAACCGCCGUGCCUUUGGGGAAAACCAAAGCCCUUAAAGGAAGAAAGAAGAAGGAGACAUUGGGGAAACUCGUGUCUAAGCCUCCUGCAGAGUGCGGGGAAAAGAAAAUGGCCUCACUUGAUGAUGAGUAUUCAUGGAGCCCUCCAUCUGAAGCUGAACUAAAAGUGAUUGAGGCUAGGAGGGAACGUAACAACAAAAUAUCUUCCCUAAUUGGACAAUAUCUUCUGAAAGGUUAUAAGAUGCUAGCCACAACCUGUCCUGUGUGUGAAUGUGUCUUACUGGAAGAUCGAAUGAAAAAUAAGUAUUGUGUUGGAUGCUGUGAAGUGGAUGCUGACACCAGAAAGGAUAAUCCAGCUGUUAGUGAGGAAGCAGCCAGGAGAGCAGUGCAGGAGAUUCAGCACAGACAGAAUCAGGAUAAAGAAUCUUCGCCCAUAUUAACACCCUCAUCUAAUCAGAAUAUCAGGGUAGCUACCACCCAGUCAGAACCUACAGCUUUAUUGUCUGUUGCAACAUCCACUAGCGAAUCACCACCUGCUCAAGCCACUAAGAGUGUGAAAAGCUUGUUCAUCCAUGGGGUUGACUUACAUGAAGAUGUAACACAAGCUGUAGAUGCCUUGCGUGAGAAGUUGUCAUGGGCAAGUAAACAGCUAAAUGCUACAACAAGCAUUCAUGAGGCACAGACACUGGCAGCAUUGAUUUCAGAUACCUGUAGGGCUAUUUCUGCUCUAAGAGAUCUUUAAUGAGUGAGAAGAUAACAAAUAUGUUGCUUUGUUUUAAAAGCCUUUAAUCUCUGCUAGACUUAUUUUUCUGCUCAAUUUACUUCCUCUUUUUAACUUAAUUUCAAUGAUUAUUUUACACUGACAGUUAUAAAACAUUGUAUUGUUUCCAGGUCAUCAUAUCUUUAAGAAUAAUCUCUCUACUGCAGUUGAAAAACAUACCAUAUAAUCUGGGCAGAUAGUACAUAACAGGUAAUUUAUUCAUAAAGGGGCACCAUUACACAAACUCAGCAUAACUUAGGUUUUCCUUGAGACACCCAAGCAUGUCAAGUAGUGCUUAUAUAGGCUGUGAUACUAGCCUAACUUAUGAAUAUGCUGUAUGUGACAUCUGUGAAUAUAAUAAAUUGAAUUAUGUUUAGUUAUGUUUUAUUUUGAGAAUUUUUUUCUUUACCAUGUGGAGGGGAAUAUAUUAAAGAGGAUUAAAGUUUUCAUUCAUUUUUAUUAUGAAUCCUCAAAAUACAUACUAAAUACAUAUGACUGAGCAGAACAACUAUUACCUGCACAACUGAAACAUUUUACAUAUUAUGGGAGAUGGAUGUUGAAUGGCUUGUUCCCUAGAUAUAUAAUUAAUACAUAAACUUUAUUUUCUGAAGAUGAAUGAUGUAGAGUAUAUAUUUUGUUAAAGCUAAUAUGAAAAUGGAACAAAGAUAAGUCACUUUCAUUUUUAGUAGCACAGGUCUUACAAAAUAAGUAACUUAUUGUUCCACAAAUAAACUAAAUAUAAAAUUGUUAAUUUUGGACAGGCAAUUAAAUUUUUGAAUAAUCAAGAACUGCUUCCUGAUAAUUAUUUUAUUCUUUCAUAAAAAAUACCACUCUUAUUCAAUAUUUAGUUCUGAAAAGCCUAAAAAAAAAAAAAAAAAAAAUCUUUUGGGUGGGGGUGAGUCAUAUUACACACAUGUACACAAGACAUAUUUCAAUGUGAGCUUGCAAAAGAAUACCUUGUAUCUAAAGUGUACAAGUUGUUUUACUUCAGAAAGAAAUUAAGUUUUUUUUUCUGUGGGGGAAGGAAAGGAGAAGGGGGGAGGG